GACCGCGGGGCCCGCGGCUCCCGCUGCCCCGGUGCGGCUUUUUCCCGGAGGGAGCUCGGUUUAUUCCCGGAGGGUGCCCCUCACGCCCCUUCCCCACGCGAUUGAAAGGAGGCUGCGUCGCAGUUAGCGGCACCGCGACCUCCCGGGCCGCCCCGGCUGCUUCUUGCUCUUCCCCUUCCUUUUUCCACCGCGGACGGGGGUGACGCUUCUUCCUGGCAGGCAGCGGGAGGCUGUUUCUCCUUCUCAGCCCGUUCCAGCCGCGAGCUGGUAGUUCUGCAGUUCCUGGGUGCUCGGUACACCUGGGGAGAACCAUGAGGGGUAAUUCCCCUCAAACCCUGCUCGAGAUGCUGCACCGAGGGGUUCUGUCACGUGCUGUUAAAAGAUCAUAAUCUGACAACUCGCCAGCCUUUCCACCAGCUCCUGCAGAAGAAACCAUCUCUUCCAUCUGCAGCAUGGCAUCGUGCAGCGAGAGGCAUGUUUAUUCAAACCCAGGACACACCAAAUCCAAACAGCUUGAAGUUUAUUCCAGGAAGGGAAGUGCUGGGGUCCAGGACUAUGGAGUUUUCCACGCCAGCUGCAGCCUAUUGCUCACCUUUAGCAAGGAGAGCGAAGACCUGGAUUGGAACUUACUGAAACCAGAUAUUUAUGCAACCAUAAUGGAUUUCUUUGCCUCUGGCUUGCCUGUAGUGACUGAUGAGGCACCCAGGACAGACACAGCUGCUUCAGAAGAAGAUGAUGAAGUUGUACUGAUGAUUAAGGAGCUGCUGGAUACAAGAAUCAGGCCCACGGUGCAGGAGGAUGGCGGUGAUGUCAUUUACAAGGGCUUUGAGGAUGGCAUUGUGCAGCUGAAGCUGCAGGGCUCCUGCACCAGCUGCCCCAGCUCCCUCAUCACCCUCAAGAGUGGGAUACAGAACAUGCUCCAGUUCUACAUCCCUGAGGUGGAAGGCGUUGAGCAGGUUGUUGACGACGAUGAUGACGCGGAGAAAGAAGCAAAUUCAACUUGAGCUUCGUCAUCUGUGGCCAAAUAAACAUUCACCUCCUGCUGUAUGUAAACCACCUUUGUGCUGAGGAACAACCAAGGCUGCCUUGUCAGAAAAACAGUUGUAGCUACUGUGAGAAUGCACCAUCAGUUCAAGCAGUUCACCCUCUAAUUUAUUAAAUGCCCUGGAUUACAAAAAGGUUCUUCUGCUAUGUCUUUAGAAAGGAAUGGUGGGCUCAGAAAACAGUGAUGUGUUUGUUGUUUUUUCAUACAGAUCUUCAAUACUGGAAGAAAGAGAAGGCAAAGUUCCUUGGCUUUUUUGUGCAAUAGCAAUAUUAAAUGUUUAUUCCCCCAACCUGUGGGACUGACAGGACUGGCUGCCCUUGCUCUGUAAGUGGGAGCUUCAGGAAUGUUAAUUUUAUCAAGUCUUGCUAAAAAGCUGCUGAUUCCUAGCAAACUUUUGUGAAAGAUAACCUAUAAUAUCAACUGUUCAUUUUGGGGGCUGUAACACUGCCAUGGCUUUGUGGAAAGUUACCUCCUUGCUCAUUACCACUCUGCAAACCAUAGCAACAGAAACAAAAAAGGUUUGUUACAAAAAUCAUGCCUUCUAAAGCAAAUGUUAGAAAAGAACGAUCCUUAUCAGCUUCAGCAAGUAGACUGAUGAGUUCAUCUAGCAGUAAAAUCGUCCAGCCACCAUGCAGCAGCUGAUUUCUCAGCACUGGGAGGAAGGAGGGCCUGUGUUUGUGCUGCUCCUCCACAUCCUGUUUGCCUGGUACGUGGCAGAGCAGGGCUCCUGCAGUCCUGCACACAUGGCAGGGGCUGUUUGCUGUUCUGAGUUGGAGCACAUCAAUGGGGCUUUGCAGGAGCUCUGUUUACUUUGUGUGUGGGGAAUGGUUUCUUCCUGGUGCCGGCUUUGUCACCAGGAAUUCUGUUCCUUCCUGGUGCUGCCACCACGGAGCUGAGGUCGUGCUCCUCGUUGGCUUGAGAGCCUCUGGUGUGUUCCCCUCUCUCACCCCUCCCCAGUGUAAUUAUUCCACUGAUAAGGUCCCUAACCAGGCUCAGUUCAGCCGGUGGAGAAUCCCCUCUGCAGCACCACGUCAGCAUGUGGUAACUGUCAACUACCUAUUACUUGGUAGAAAUUUAAAAAUAAAUGUUUUAGCUAAAUAAGCUAAAUAUUUACUCAGA